AUGAACAGUUUAAAUCAAGAUUCACAUCCAUUUUGUGAAAUCAUCAAGAAAAGUGUCUUAAUUGAAGACAGAAAUCCUGCUUGUUACCAUCUGCAAACAAGUAUAGAAAAUUCUGAUCAAUCUGAACCAUAUAGAAAAAUGGUCUUUGGUGAGCGAUACAAAAACAAACCUCAUAAAACCAUUCUGAUGGUGGGAGAAACAGGAACAGGAAAAACAACCCUUAUCAAUACGAUGAUCAACUACAUGUUGGGUGUUCAGAGAAAAGACAAAGUUUGGUUUGAGAUCACAGAUGAUCAGAGCGACCGAACUUCAGUUCACAGUCAGACCUCCAGAAUCACUGUUUAUGGGUUUUAUCUGCAGGAGAGUCCAAUCGAUUUAACAAUCAUCGACACACCAGGAUAUGCAGACACACGUACAAACAAUCUUGAUAAAGAAAUUGCAAACAGUUUCCUCAGAUUAAGUGAAUCUGCAGAAGGGAUUCAUGAAAUAGAUGCAGUGUGUUUGGUAAUUAGGGCAUACCAAAACAGACUCCCUGAGAGACAACGAUACAUAUUUGAUGCUGUUCAGUCUUUAUUUGGCAGAGAUAUUGCUGUAAACAUCCUCUUGCUCUUCACACACUCAACCGGUACUCAACCUAAAAAUGCCCUGACGGCUGUUAAAGAGGCUGAAAUCAAGUGUGCAGUAAAUGACAAGAAUCAGCCAGUGUUUUUCCUGUUUAACAACUGUCAGACAGACACUGCUGAUGAAGAAAGUGAAAUGAUAUGGGAACAAUCAUGGGAUCACAGUUCAAGUAGAAUGGAACAAUUUUUCACGUUUCUUGACAAAAUGAAACCCAAAACCCUGAAGAUGACUCGAGAUGUUUUACGAAAAUGGGAGCAGUUGGAGGCAAAAAUCCCAGAUCUAAAUUCAUGUGUUCAAUUGAUGGAACUCAAGCAAGAUGAGCUGAAACACACUCAAGAAGCUCUGGAGAAGAACAAGAAUUAUGUCAUAUACUUAAUGAGCUUUGAUUCUGAAGCUGAAGUGCCCAACAAAGUGAACGUUAAUAUUGAUCCCAAUAUAACCAAAGGGCUGAUGUACUGCAAACUCUGUGAGCAGCCUUGUCCAGAGAGCAGGAUGUCUAAAGGCAUUUGGCAAACUAUCAGAGGAAAUAAUCACUGCACAGUGUGCCCAAAUAAAUGCCACAUUGACAAUCACACCAAAGAACCAAAAAUACCUGAACCAAAGACAACGAAGGAAAAGAAUACAAAUACAGAUUUAAAGAUGGAAUAUGAUGGUAAGGUUAAGGAUGGUGAGUCUUUGGUCAAAAAGCUCAACAAUGAACUGCACAAACUAGAGAAAAAGAAAAUAAAGCUGGUGUUUGAUGCUUUUCACUGUGUGGACACUCUGCAGAUUAUCGCACACAAUACUGAUUCUCUGAUCACACUUCAGCACUUAGAUUUUUUGAUUGAGAAACUGAAGGAAAUAAAUGAGCUUGAAAAGGCCAAAACACUGGAAGACAUUAAGAAAGCAAGAGAAGAUAAACAUAGAGCUGUGGAAUACAUAACACGAGAUUAAAAGAAAUCAAGUGACAAGAAAUGGUGAAAUAUAAAUCUGUAUCUGUAUAAAUCUCCAAUAUUUUAGACUGCAGUACCUAUUUCAACCACUACCUGUCAAUAUUACAUAUUGCACCUUUAAACCCAAUCAGAAAUAUUCCUGAUCUUAGUCAGCGCUGACAGCGUACCUCGGUGUCCCGAGAUCGAAUCCUACCUCGUGGACCUUUCCUGAUCCCACCCCACCACCCCUCUCUCUACUCUCUCCCACUCGCUUCCUGCUAUCCAAGAAAAAUGCAAAAAUGCCCCCCAAAAAAGAAAAGAAAAAGAAAUUAAAGGUACAAAGAGAAAAAAUGUAAGGUAAAAGUUUUUAGGGCCAUAGUAUGUUUAUAUGGGAGACUGGGGCAAGUUCAUUCACUCCACCCUGGAAACUCUCUGACCCUGGCGCUUCUGUGACGUAGAGCACAUCCUUAUGCUUCAUUUUGAAAGCAGGUAAUUUAUUUGAGAUGUUGCUGGGAUUGAAACCCAAUAGAAAAUAUUCUUUACAUAUUUACAUGUUUGUUUGUUUGUACCUUGUUCCACAUGUAGAGA